CGACCAAACACCCCAGGCUCGCUCUUGCCUUACGUUCCCGCUGAUUAACUCUAACGUACAUCCCUUUCCCCCGCACUGACUGUCGUCACCUCCUCUCCCGUCCAAACUUAGACUCCUCCCUCGUAGCGCCGUGUUUCCUAGCCUCCAACUCGGCCAGUUUCCUCUCCAUAGUCAUCUUCUUCCCCACAAGUUGACCCCGCCUCUCAUUAAGCAGCGCCAACUGUUCUUCAGCGGUCACUUCGCGGUGCUUUUCAACUGCCUAGCAAGAAUAUCAGUAUUCGCCAUAUUAAGUGCACGCGGGAUGAUCAGAGUCGAGUCGGCCCUACCUCAGUUGCUUGCUUCUGCGUCUUCAGCCCAGCGCCAUACCAGGCCCCGGUCGCGGUGAUGGCUGCAACAGACCCGGUCAUCACAACUCGCCGAAUCGUCUGUCGAGACAUAUCCAAUAUUGUCGAUAUUGCUUCCCCUCACGACAAAGUAUUCGUUAUAUAUAAUCGUCGUCUUGAAAGUGCUCCCGUGAUAGAUAGUCACGUGGAUCGGUCGUCAGAAUUAGGAGUUAAACUACUUUGUGGCCUUAAUAAUAAGGUACCAAAGGUUGUUCCCGGGAACGUCGAGAAUCUUGAAGCUUAAGCACCCGAUCCAAGAUCAACUGAGCUCAAAGCCGCACAGCUACUGGGUCCUCUUCACAACUCUACAAUGGGAAGUUCACCAUCAAAACCUGCGUCGCAGGCGCCAUCUCACGUUUGGCAAAGCGAAACUCCCGUCCGCUUCUCCCAAGAGCUCGUCGACUCUCUCCAGAGUAGCACCGAGACCGACUCCACCCGCGCCAACACCCUCGAGCUGCACGUCCAAGCCCGCGUAGCCGAAGAGCUCAAGCGCCUCCAAGCCCGCGAGUCCUCGACCCUCGCGGCCCUUCUCGAAGCCGAGAAGAACGAGACCGCGCCCGAUGCAGCGACCUCGGCCGAAUCGAGCGCGGGUGACACCCUUCGUGGCCUAGGGCGCGAGUCGGUGGCGAAGGAUGUAGCGAAACUAAGGGAGAGGCUGGAGCAGCGCAAGAAGAUGCGUGAGGUGGGGGAGCUGGAUGAGGAGGUUGAUAGGGCGAGGGGGGAGGUGGUGAAGUGCUUGAGGGGGAAUGAUACGAGGCCGCUGGAUUGCUGGAGGGAGGUGAAGGCGUUUAGGGAGGGGGUAGCGAGGCUGGAGGGGGGGUGGGUGGAGAAGGUUGUUAGAUAG